AUGCUACAAACACCCACCUCGCAUUAUUUCACCACACGUUCAGGAACCAAGUUCCAUUACCUUCAAGGCGGCGAGCCUUUGAGCCCGCUCCUGGUAUGCCUCCACGGGCUAGGAGGAUCGACCGAAACAUUCUUGCCUCUUGUGCCUUUCUUCCCUCAGGACUAUAACAUCAUUCUGGUUGAUUUCCAAGGGUUUGGAAAGACGCCACUAUCGGAUGGUCAGCAAAUAUCCAUCGCAGGCCAUGUCGCCGAUCUGAGCGAUCUCAUCGCAUCUUUACAAGGACCACAAACAUCAGGGAUCGUAUUCAUCGGGCAUUCUCUUGGGGCCAUCGUCGCCCUCCAAUAUGCUGCAAGAUAUCCAGACCAGAUUAAAGGACUAGCCCUGCUCGGUACCGGUAGAGCAGCUGGUCACAUACCCGCAGCUCGAAAGCGCAUGCUCGACCUUGCCGAUGCGGUGAGAAAGAAGGGAAUAUGCGUUGCAGCCGAGGCGGCGGCCGUCUCCAACUUUUACGAGGAUACACCGGAGCGGGCUGUUGAUCCAGCAGUACGAGAAACAGUUAGGAGCGAGGUCAGCGCUUCGGAUCCAGAAGCGUAUGCGCAGACUUGCGAAGCUAUUGUGGAUCUUGAGCACAAAGACCCAGCAUAUGCGAAGAUCCAAUGUCCAGUAUUAUUUGUAGCUGGAGACAAGGAUAUCAUUAGUCCAGUACAGAAAUCAGUAGACCUGAGCGCGUUAAUAGGUGGAAAGAGUUGGGUCGAUGUUGUAAAGAGCGGGCAUCAGCCAAUUCUUCAGGAUCUGCCGGGUGUCACAACAGCGAUUGAUGGUCUACUGCAGUCUAGAAAACAGCAUUAG